UUUCACUGUCCUGGGAUGGUUGGAGGUUAUGGAAUCGGUAGCCUUUGGGUUACGGUUAUUUCUGGCUGGCGUUGUAUGUACGCAACAAUUCUCCCUUUGCCAGUUAUUAUGGGAAUUGGAAUGUGUUGGCUACCAGCAUCGCCGAGGUGGCUUCUAUUGCGCGCUCUCCAGAGAAAAGGGAAUGUGGAGAAUCUUCAACAGGCUGCAAUUAGGUCUCUUCGUCGCCUUAGAGGGUCUGCCAUAGCUGACUCAGCAGCUGAACAAGUAAACGAGAUCUUGGCUGAACUUUCCUUUGUGGGUGAGGACAAAGAAGCUACAUUUGGUGAAUUAUUUCGAGGCAAAUGCUUAAAAGCUCUCACAAUUGCAGGAGGGUUAGUCUUGUUCCAACAGAUAACUGGGCAACCAAGUGUACUUUAUUAUGCACCAUCAAUACUACAGACUGCCGGCUUUUCUGCUGCAGCUGAUGCAACUCGGAUCUCAAUUCUGCUCGGUCUAUUGAAGUUGGUUAUGACAGGAGUUUCUGUUAUAGUUAUUGACAGAGUUGGAAGGAGACCUUUACUUCUUGGUGGUGUUAGUGGCAUGGUGAUCUCAUUGUUCCUCCUGGGGUCCUACUACAUCUUUUAUAAAACUGUACCAGCUGUUGCUGUAGCUGCAUUGCUACUGUAUGUAGGCUGUUACCAGCUAUCCUUUGGCCCUAUUGGUUGGCUGAUGAUUUCAGAGAUAUUUCCCUUAAAAUUAAGAGGUCGAGGAAUCAGUCUAGCAGUUCUUGUGAAUUUCGGAGCAAACGCACUUGUGACAUUCGCUUUCUCACCUCUAAAGGAGCUGUUAGGAGCUGGAAUCUUGUUCUGUGCAUUUGGAGUGAUAUGUGUAGUGUCUCUCUUCUUCAUAUACUACAUUGUGCCAGAGACAAAGGGUCUCACUCUUGAAGAAAUUGAAGCCAAAUGUCUCUAAAAGGUUUCUCAUCUUAGCUCCACUUUCUCUGCUGCUUCAUUGCUUGAGAAUCUGAAUCGCAAACGCACCAGCCGCAGGUGGAGUCAGCCAUUUACCGCGGACUGUUUGGAUAACUUUAAAAGAAUGGUUGCAUCUCGCUGCAAGAUUUGGUGCGUUGGACAAGUUUGCUUAAUUUGUAUGUUAAAAUGUAAGAAGAAACGCGUUCAAAAUUUUGUGAUUGUAUGAAAAUAAUGUGAGAUUCAAAAUCUUAACGUCGUCACUGAUUAUUAUUA